UGAUAUAGAUUGAUAGAUUUUCUAUUUAUUUGUCUUUUUGAAUGAUUCUUAUUCGGUGAAAAAACAAGAAGAAAACAAGAAAACAUGAUUCGAUUAUUACGAUUCAAAACAUCAACAACAAAAUGGAUUCUACGUUCCAUACAUCGAUUUUCAAUGUUAAUUGUUGGCCUGAUUUUUGGUGUUCAAGCAUCCGAAUUUUUAGUGAUUCGCCAAGAUCAAAAAGCUCGUGAUUUACAUCGUUUAGAUUCAUUAAAUCUUUUAUCAUAUGUAACAAUAAUGAUUAUUAUUGUCUGUACAAUAUGGUUAUUUAAACAUAGACGUGUACGAUUUUUACAUGAUUUUUUUCAUGAAACUGGUUUAGCCAUUUCAUAUGGUUUAAUUGUUGGUGCUUUAAUCCGGUAUAGUGGUUCGGAUACAAAAGUUUCACAAUUAAGAGUUAGUCCAAAAGAUGAAGAUGAUAGUUCAAUGAAUAUUACAUCGGAUGUACCACCAGAUAUGUUAUGGAUUACAUUCGAUGUACCAAGAGUUGUUUGGAGUUUACCAAAUAAUUAUAAAAUAACAUUUGCAAAUGAAACAAGUUUAACUGAACAAAAAUCCUAUGCAUAUAUAUUUAAAGGUGAAUUAUUUAAUCCAAAAACUGAUUCAACAAUACCACAAAAUCAACAUUUCUCUGAAAAAGCAACAUUUGAUCCGGAAAUAUUUUUCAAUCUAAUUCUGCCGGUUAUUGUUUUUAAUGCUGGUUAUUCAUUGAAAAAGAAAUCAUUUUUUCGUAAUUUAGGACCGAUUAUUGUUUAUGCAUUUAUUGGUACGACAAUUUCUUGUUUUGUUGUCGGUAUUGUACUUUAUUUGGUUAAAUAUUUAAUGCCAAUUACAAUGAGAGAAUUUACAUUUUCGGAUUGUCUUUAUUUUGGUGCUAUUAUUUCGGCAACUGAUCCGGUUACAGUAUUGGCUAUAUUCACUGAUCUACAUGUUGAUGUUAAAUUAAAUGCAUUAGUAUUUGGUGAAGCAAUAUUCAAUGAUGUUGUAUCAAUUGUAUUGGCAAGUUUGAUUGAAAAAUUUAAAGAACAUAUAUCAUCCGGGUUUAUUUAUGCAAUAUCAAAUGCCGCAACAUAUUUUUUAAAUAUAUUUCUGUUUUCAUUAUUGGAAGGUGCAUUUUUUGGUUGUAUAACAGCAUUAGUAACAAAACAUACAAGACUUUUUGAUCAUCCACUAUUGGAAAGUACAUUAUUUUUUCUAAUGUCAUAUGCAAGUUUUCUUUUGGCUGAAGUUCUUGAAUUAUCUGGUAUUAUUUCCGUAUUGUUUUGUGGUAUUUGUCAAGCACAUUAUACAUAUAAUAAUUUAAGUCCAGAAUCAAGAACACGAACAAAACAAUUAUUUGCAAUGGCAAAUUUUAUUGCUGAAAAUUUUAUAUUUGCUUAUAUUGGUGUUUCAAUGUUUACAUUUCCACAACAUUUAUGGAAUACUGGAUUUAUAUUGACAACAUUUGUUGCUAUUAUAAUUGGACGUGCAUUAAACGUAUAUCCAUUAAGUUAUUUAAUGAAUUUUGGUGGUAGGAAUAAAAUUCCUACUGAAUUUCAACAUAUUUUAUUCUUUUCUGGUCUAAGAGGUGCAAUGGCAUUUGCAUUAGCCAUUCGAAAUACAUUAACAGCACCACGUCGUUUAAUGUUAACAGCAACAUCAAUAAUUUCAAUUGUAUCAGUUAUAUUCUGUGGUUGUACAAUACAACCAUUAUUACAUUAUUUUCAAAUAGCAACAAAUGUUGAUGAAUCACAUUCACUUGAUGAUGUCUUAGAUCAACAACAACAACAACAACCAGGAACAUCUAAUGAUCAACAACCAAAAGGUGGUUUUGAUGGUUUUCGUCGCCGUACUGAUUCAAUUUCAAGUGAUCUAAUUACACCUACUGAUGAUAUAACGAUUACAAAUCAUAAUCAAAUAUCAAUUCAAAAUCCAAAUCAUCAUCAAAAUGAAUAUGAAAAAGCAUGGCUAGUACGUAAAUGGUAUAAUUUUGAUGUUAAUUUUAUGAAACCAUUAUUAACACAUUCACGGCCAACAUUAUUGGAAACAAUGCCAAAAUUUUGUGAACCAUUAUCACGUAUAUUAACAUCAACACAACAAUUGGAGAUUAAAGAUGAUUUUACUGGUUCCGAAACCGGUAUCGAACAUCAAAAGAUGAAUAUUAUGUCAUUGAAUAAUGAAUUACAUACGGAUAAUAAUUAUUAUCGUCAUCCUCAUCAUCAACAACAACAACAACAACAAAAUCAAGAGGAUACAAAAUUAAAUCCAUUUACAAAUCGAAAAAAUUAUUUUGAUUAUAAUAAUUUACAAAAUAAUAACCGUACUAAUUAUUUUCCCGCACCAUCACCAUCAUCAUCAACAACAACAACAACAAUGAUGAAUGAUGCAAAUAUUACCGGUAGUGGUAGUUCGACUGUAGCUGAAAUCAUUCCAAAAUCAUUAAAUGUACGAAAAAAACAUUCACCAUCACCAUCAUCACAAUCAUCAUCAUCAACAUCAAAAUUAUCACCAAAAAAUGGUAAAAGUGGUCAAUUAAAUAAAUCUCAAUUACCAUCGCAAAAAACAAAUAAUCGACCAAUUUCAUCAACCGAUUCUACGGAUAAUGUUGUGGAAACAACAACAACAACAUCAAUGGCAACGAAUACGAUUGUUUUGAAUCCGGAACCAUUAUUCAAACAUCUUCAAUGAUCGAUUUCAAGUCAUUUAUCGAUAAUAACUCUUUCUCUAUAACUAAGUCAAUUUGGAAAUUAUGAAUGAGAUACCAAUCUCAAUUUUGGCAUAAUU